GGGGCAGCAACCGCCGGUGAGUGUGGAGGGGGAUGGGGAAGGAGGGCGGAUGCUUUGGGGAAGGAUGCGGGAUACUAGGACAGGGAGGGAGUGAGUCCGACCUGCCCUCCUGCCCUGCUGCUGUUCUGCUGAGCCACCCGCCCACCGCCACACCGCAGUCCCUGUCCACCUCGCUGCCAGCUGCUACUGCCCUCCGCACCCUUCCGCUCUUCCUCCGCUGCUGCCCUCCUCCCGUACCCCCAUGCUUACAACCCACCAUCUGCUCCCCCACCAAGCUUCCCCUCCCCUGCCCCCCCUCCAUCCUCCCCGUACAGUUCUUCGAUUUCCUUAUCUUCCCCCCUCCUGCUCCCUCCCUCCUGCUCCCUCCUGCUCCCCCCCAGCCGCUCUCCUCCUCCCUGGACUCCUUGGAGGACGCGGACACGGAGGUGGAGCUGCUGCCGGGGCUGAGUGUGACGCUGCACAGCCGGCUGAGUGCGGCGGCGAGGGGCGCGCUGAACGUGCUGGUGGCGCUGGUGCUGGCGGGGGAGGGUCUGCUCGACUUUGGUGACGCCAGCGGCAGCGCCUCCUGGAUCGGUCUGGUGGCGUCAUUCUGGUCGGGCAUGGUGCUCACGUACGGCGCGGGACCACAAUACCGAGUGCGCUACACCCGCUCGGCGACAGGGGCGGAGGCAGGCAGCAACAGCAACAGCAGCAGUAACAGCAACAGCAGCAGCCAGGAAGCAGCGAAUCAGCCGGGGGGUCAUGGUCAGCAGGAGAGGGGCGCGGGGAGCAGCAGAGCAGCAACUGCGGCGGCAGCGGCAGGCGGGGCGCGCAAGGCGACCAAGCACGAGGAGCAGGAUGAGGAGGGAGAUAUUGACGGCUUGAUGGUGGAGGACGUGUGUCCCCCCACGCAGCGCCAAGUGGUGCUCAGCGCCUACAUGGCGGGACUGGCGGCGGCGGUGCUGUCCUGGCUGGCCUGGAUGGAGCUGUGAGGGGGAGGCGGGGGGUGGAGUGGGGGUGGAGUGGAGUGGAGUGGGGGUGGAGUGGAGUGGAGUGGAGUGGGGGGAAGGAGUGAUGGAGUGAUGUGGAGGGCUGCGGAGAUGUAUGGGCUUUGCUUGGUCCGGGCGCAACACAGCGGCAUUUCGGCGGGCUUACUGGAUUGGGAUACUAUUACUGUUGUGGGAAGGAAGGGCGAGCCUGCCCUGGGAGUCUGCAAUCCGAUGGGGGCGUGGCGGGCUGAGGAGAUGUGGGGGCCCUGUUCCUUAGGUGGUUCCGGCAACAGCAGCUUAAGACAGCUAGAGCAGAAGCUUUGUUGCUCUUCAUUCUCCCGCUUCCACUCCUGUAUGUGAUGCCAACUCCGUUCCCCCGGCGGGCAAGAAAUGCACUCCUG